AUGCCUGCAGAACAUCGCUCGUCUGCCUUGUGUCUACAAGAACAACACGAGGCGUGGAUGACAUGCAAACUUUUUGAAUGCUUCCUGCGUUACCUUGACGGACGACUCGGAUGCAAGGGGCGCAGCAGUGACCUGCUGUUUUUGGACAACUGUGCUACCCAUCCGAAGGACACGUCGUUCCUUCGCAACCUUCGUGUGGUGUUUCUACCAGCAAACACGACAAGCCACCUGCAGCCUCUUGACACUGGUAUUAUCAAGAAUGCCAAACAUUUGUACCGCAAGUGCAUUGUACGACGCUUUCUUGCUCGCGUGUCACAUGGCCAAGACCCCGGGAAAAUAUCAUUUCUCGACGCGAUGCACUACUUCAACACUUCUUGGCAGAGUGUGAAGCGUGAAACAGUUAAUAACUGCUUCAAGAAGUGCGGCUUUCGGCGUCAGCCUGCAGCCAAGGAUAUGGGGUGCAGCGAGGACGACCCCGUGGCGUGCGACUUCGAGUUGGUUGAGGAAUUCCUGUCUACUGGUGCCGAUGUGCCCUUCGCCGAGUUCGUCGCGAUUGACAACGAUGUGCCGACUUGCGAGCCACAAAGUGUCGCCGAGAUCGUAGCGGAGGUAUUAGGGGACGACGCAGCAGAGGUGGUGGCGGACGAGGCGCCUGAAGACGAUUGCAUGGGGGAAGCCUAA